AUGUUGCAGAAACCGAGGGCCCGGGGCCGCCCGAGCACACUGGCCGAAAGCCAACGGGACAGGGAUCGCGGCGGCGACGAGGCCCCGAGCACUUCCCGCGGACUCGGCGGCUCGCAGGAGACGCGGGGCAGCCGCUCUCUGGGCGCCCGUUCGUCUCAGGCCGCCUCCGCUGUGGAGCCCCGGUCCCAGAAGCAGCUGGAGCUGAAGGUGGCUGAGUUGGUGCAGUUCCUGCUGAUUAAGGACCAGCGCAAGAUUCCCAUCAAGCGCACCGACAUUCUGAAGCACGUCAUCGGAGACUACAAAGACGUCUUCCCCGAUCUGCUGAAGCUAGCCGCCGAGCGCCUGCAGUACGUGUUCGGGUACCAGCUGGUGGAGCUGGAGUCCAAGAGCAACACCUACAUCUUAGUCAACAGCUUGGAGCCGGUGGAAGGGGACGCCGAGGUCCGGGGCGACCAGGGCACGCCCACCACGGGCCUGCUGAUGGUCGUGUUGGGGCUCAUCUUCAUGAAGGGCAACAGCAUCAAGGAGACGGAAGUCUGGGACUUCCUGCGACGGCUCGGGGUGCACCCCUCCAAGAAGCAUUUCAUUUUCGGGGACCCCAAGAAGCUCAUCACCGAAGACUUUGUUCGACAGCGUUACCUGGAGUACCGGCGGAUACCGCACACCGAUCCCGUCGACUACGAGUUCCAGUGGGGCCCCCGAACCAACCUGGAGACGAGCAAGAUGAAAGUUCUGCAGUUUGUGGCCAAAGUCCAUAAGCAAGACCCCAAGGAUUGGCCGGCGCAGUACUGUGAGGCUUUGGCCGACGAGGCUGCAAGGGCCAGACCUCAGCCCGGUGUCGCAGCCCCCUCCUCCUGA